AUGGCCGGUAAAGGAGAAGGUCCGGCGAUCGGAAUCGAUCUUGGAACUACAUACUCUUGCGUUGGUGUGUGGCAGUAUGAUCGAGUUGAGAUCAUUGCCAACGAUCAGGGCAACAGGACGACGCCGUCGUAUGUUGCUUUCACCGACUUUGAGCGCUUGAUCGGUGAUGCAGCUAAGAAUCAGGUCGCCAUGAACCCGAUUAACACCGUUUUUGAUGCUAAGCAUUUAAUUGGUCGAAGAUUUAGUGAUCCAUCGGUCCAGAGUGAUGCACUUUAA